AUGAUACCAGACAAAUGGAAUAAUGGUAUAACAUCAAUUAUUAAUUUAUUUACAAAAUCACAAAAUGAAUUUUUAAUUCAACAUCCAGAAAAAGGACAUUUAAUUAUAUUAAAUAUUUUAACUAUACUUCCAGAAGAAGUAGGUUGUUUUUUUUAUAUUCUAAAUGAAAAUUUUUCACGUAUUAAUUUAUCUAAAUCUCAACGUUCUUUAAUUCGACUUGAACUUGAAAAAGAAUUUUCUAAUGUUCUUAAUUAUUUACGAUUUAUUAUUUCAACUUAUAAUCAAAUAGAUAUUCUGAGUAAAAUAUUUUCGUGUUUAUCAAAAUGGCUUGAAUUUGGUGUAUCAAUACUUAAAAUUGAAAUACUUUUUGAAUAUUUAUUUAAUUCAUUAAAUAAUGACAAUCUAUUUGAUGAUGUUUAUAAUUGUCUUAGUGUUCUAUUUACUUCACCUGAUGCAUUAAAAUAUCCAUCAACAUUUUCUUGUCUUUUACCAUAUGUUAUACAAUUUGAAACAAUACUUGAUCAAUGUUUAACAAUAGGAAAUAAAGAAAAAACAGAAUGUAUUACAAAAUUAAUCAUGCAAUUUGGUGAAAAUCUUGUUCAAUUGAUUGUUCAAAUGUCUAUGACAACAAAUUCACAAUCACAAAUACUUUCACAUAAUUUUUGUCGUCUUGUUAUGAAAUGUACUGAAAUGAAAGGACAAUAUCCAAUUGAAGAAACAUGUUCAGCAUUAACAUUUAGUUUUUGGAAUACAUUAGAAGAAGAAAUUAUUUCAAUUAAUGAAAAAACCAAUCAAGAUAUUCUAUUAGAACUUUUUCGUUCUUAUUUUGAAAAUUUAAUUGAAGUAUUGAUAUCUAAAGGACAAUUACCAGAUAAUGAAAAUAUAUUUACUUAUGAAGAUAAAGAAUUAUUUCGAUGUUAUCGUUCGGAUAUAAUAGAUACAAUGUUAUGUAUGUAUAAUAUUCUUGGUAAUAGAGCUAUGAAAGGUAAGUUAAAUUGA